AUGUUUGAAACAAUUUACCGUGUGAGGAAAAUAUAUUACUUGGUCAUUGCCGUCAUCGGUGUUCCUGUGAAUUUAGUGGCGAUUGUGAUCCUGUCCAGGGGAAAGUGCGGCCUCUCCACCUGCACCACUCGCUACCUGGUGGCCAUGGCAACGGCGGACCUACAAACUAUCAUCUUUGAGGUCCUACUGUGGCGUGUCAGUUAUUAUUACUUCUCCGGAUCAUUCCUGGACAUCACCCCCGUGUGCAGUGUAAUCUCUUCCCUGGGAGUAGCAGCCACAGACUGUUCUGUCUGGUUCACCGUCACUUUCACGUUUGAUCGGUUUGUCACCAUCUGUUGUCAGAAUCUGAAAGCAAAGUAUUGCACCGGGAAAACUGCGGCUGUGGUUCUGACAACAACCGGCGUUCUGCUCUGUUUUAAAAAUGUGCCCAACUUCUUUGUGUAUAGUCCUAUGAAAAUGAUUGGUAAUAUACCCUGGGACUGUAUUCCAAAGCCGGGUUACUAUGCGGAUCACGGGUGGGUGGGAUAUAGAUGGCUUUCUACGGUUCUAACGCCGUUACUCCCAUUCAUAUUAAUACUACUGUUAAAUGUUCUGGCAGUCAGACACAUUUUAGUGACUAGUCGCGUCCGUAAGGGGCUGAGGGGUCAGAGCAAGGUGGAGAACUGCAGUGACCCGGAGAUGGAGAGCAGGAGGAGGUCUGUGAUCUUACUUCUCACCGUCUCCGGAAGCUUCAUCAUCCUGUGGUCGGUGAAUGUUGCCGAGUUUCUUUAUAACACCAUUGCUGGAUUGGAUCAGAAUAAUUACAACGAUUCUGAAUACAUAUUUCAACAAUUGGGAUACAUGCUGGUGAUAUUAAGUUGCUGCACAAACACGUUUAUUUACGGGGUAACUCAGUCCAAGUUCAGAGAGCAGUUGAUCAGCGCAGUGAAAUAUCCGCUCACGUCAAUUAUUCACUUAAUUAACAAACAAACUAUCUAA